AAAUGGCAAACUGUAUUUCAAAAAAAUCUUCACUUGUCCUAUAAAAAUAAAAUACUAAUUCAAAACCCACCUUUUUUCACAUGUAUUUUAGAUUUUCUAUUUUUCUCUAAUUCUUUCCUCUCAAUCUCUCACCAUCGUUCUUAUUUUUCCGGCCGAUUUUAAAAAAAAUUCAGAGAUAAGCAACGAUUGAAUGAAUGAUUCUCUCAAUUCGACGGCUGUGAUCGAGAGUUAACACUACAAAUCAUGUGGUCCUCCUUUUGGAGAUCCAGAGAUCGUUUCUCCUUGGAUGAACUCAGAUAUUUAACUGACCAGCUGCAAAAGGUUCAAAUUGUAAAUAAUGUUAAUAAGAACUUUGUAAUUGAGACGUUGAGAUCGAUAUCGGAAUUAAUAACAUACGGAGACCAGCAUGAUUCGAACUAUUUUGAUUUUUUUAUGGAAAGGCAAGUAAUGGGGGAGUUUGUGAGGAUACUUAAGGUUAGCAGAAUUGUUUCCAUUUCGCUUCAGUUGCUGCAAACAACGAGCAUUAUGAUUCAGAACUUAAAAUCCGAGCGCGCCAUACAUUAUAUGUUCAGUAAUGAGCAUAUUAAUUUUUUGAUAACUUAUACGUUUGAUUUUCGGAAUGAGGAGUUGUUGUCAUACUACAUUUCUUUCUUAAGGGCAAUAAGUGGGAAGCUUGACAAGAAUACAAUUUCUUUGCUUGUGAAGACUCAAAAUGGCAGCUGGUUGGUUGUAAGUGGUUCAAGCUGGCAAGAAAUGCAUGGCUUGCUGCCUAAACAGCAACAAACCCUCAAUCCCAAACUCGUUGGGGUUUGCUGCCUAAACAACGCUUGUUAUGAAGAAGUUGUUUCUUUUCCACUGUAUGUUGAGGCAAUACGGUUUGCUUCCCAUGAAGAGAGUAUGAUUCGCACUGCAGUCCGUGCUCUGACACUCAAUGUCUAUCAUGUUGGAGAUGAAUCCGUGAAUAGAUUUGUUGCAAAGGCCCCUCAUGCUGAUUAUUUUUCAAACUUGCUUACAUUUUUUCAGAAGCAGUGCCUCUAUCUAAAUGGAAUGGUCUCUGAAACUCUAAAAAACCUAGACUCAGAUACAACCACUGCGAUUCUUAAUGUUGUGGAUGAAAUUGAGGACAAUCUCUACUAUAUUAGUGAUGUUAUUUCUGCGGGGAUUCCAGAAGUUGGGAGGUUAAUAACAGUCAACAUUUUGCAACUUUUGAUAUUUCCUUUGCUUCUUCCAUCUUUGCAGUUGGAUGCUGUUGAUGAUAUUCAGAUUGGUGCUAUCACUUCUCUGUAUUUGCUCUGUUGCAUCUUACGCAUAGUUAAAAUCAAAGACUUGGCAAAUACCAUUGCUGCCUCUCUUUUCUGUCCACCGGAGGCUUUUGUUCCAGAUUCUGAGACUAAACUCAAUGGUCAUGCGCCUGAUCAUGGGCAUGAAAUCCAACAGACAGAAAAUAAGAACGUGAUUGAGGUGGAUGGAUGUUCAAAAAAAAUCUUGCCGAGCUUGUCUAGUUCUUCUCUAGUUCACCCUGAAGAUAUUAUCUCAAAAGGUGUUUCUCGUUUAACUUUGAGGGAUGCUUUACUUUCAUAUAUUACAGCUGGAGAUGAUCUUCAAGUUUUGAGUUCUUUGAGCAUCUUGGCUACAUUGUUGCAAACAAAAGAGUUAGAUGAAACAAUGCUAGAUGCUCUUGGAAUCCUCCCCCAGCGCAAGCAACACAAGAAACUCUUGCAGCAAGCAUUGGUUGGUGAGGACUUGAGGGAAGAUCAACUUUUUUUGUCAGGAAGGAGCUUUAUAAGAGAUGGAUUUAGUUGUGAGCUCGAUGGCUAUCUACAAAAUCUCAAGGAGCAGUAUGGGGUAGCAUGCUCUUCCUUGGAGGUGGGAACAAGCCCCUCUGUACAUAGAUUUCAGGUGCUUGAUGCAUUGGUUAGUCUUUUUUGCCGGUCUAAUAUAUCCCCAGAGACAUUGUGGGAUGGUGGUUGGCUUCUGCGUCAGCUACUUCUCUAUAGUGAGUCAGGAUUCAAUAACCAGCAUCUUGAAUUACUGAGAGAUUCAUAUAAGAAUUGCACUUAUGCUCUUCUUGAGGAGGCCAGAGGUACCUGGCCCGAUCUACUUGUAACAGUCUUACGUGAUGAAUGGAAAAGGUGCAAAAGAGCAAUGGAAGCUCCAUCUCCUCGGAAAGAGCUGAAGUGCAUGCUCUUGCCAUUAGACAAGCCCUCUUUUGAUGAUGUUCUUCCCAACAAAUCAUCUUUUGUUGCUGGUGAAAGAAUGUGCAAGGUGGUGAAGGUGUUUGUACUUCUUCAUCAACUUCAAAUUUUCUUCCUUGGUAGGGCUUUACCUGAGCAGCCUCCUACUUGUCCUCCAAGUGAUAUCCUGGAAAAUUCCCGUGCAAGAAAUGCUGGCCUGGAUGUUUCAGGUCCAAAACUAGGCUCUGAGUUGAGACUAGUUGAUGCCGUGCCUUGUAGGAUUGCAUUUGAGAGGGGUAAGGAACGCCAUUUUUGCGUUUUAGCAAUCUCUGUGGGCGCAUCUGGGUGGAUCCUACUUGCAGAAGAACUACCCUUGAAGAAACAUUAUGGAAUCAUCCGUGUUGUUGCUCCUUUAGCAAGUUCUGAUCCUACAAUUGAUCAGAAGUAUUCAAGAUGGUUACACUUGCGAAUCCGUCCAUCUACUUUACCCUUUUUGGACCCUGCUAAACUCAUUACUCAUGGGAAGGCCAAGACAAAAGCUCCGGUGGAUGGGAGAUGGACCUUAUCAUUCAUGGAUGAUGAAUCUUGCAAGUCUGCUUUGUCUAUGAUUCUUGAGGAGAUUGAUCUGCAAAGCAAUGAAGUCAAGAAAAGACUAAAACCAUUGCUCAACCAUGAAGGAGCUAUAGAUGUUCCAGACGCUUCUCCACAUCCUCCAGAUGAUGCUUCCCCAUCAACUGCAACACCUUCUAAUUCAUUGUAAGUUUCUACUUGGUUGGAGUUCUGAGUAAUAGUUUGCUUUAUGCUUUGGGUGGGAAAAUAUUAUGCCUUCUCGCCCUUCCAUAUAUGUUUAUAUGGAAACAGUAGAUAUACCCAACAACAUAGAUUAGCACCCCAAUUUAGCUGUUAAUUGUAUACAAACUUCCUUUGCCCUGAUUUGUUGUUGCUCUAGGUGGCCUUUUUUUCACAUUCCUUAGCCUCUAACCCUAGGCUUCUCUAUUAUUUUUCCUAAUUUUGUAUUGUGUUACAUUAAUGUAUAUCUGAGGCAAUUUGAUAGUAAAAGCUUCAUGUUUAUUGAUAUUUAGAA